AUGGAGAGUCAGAAUAACGUCGCCUCUCAUGAUGUUUGCGCCGAGCUAUCAUCCCCGGCACGUGAACAAAGCGGACACUCUCUAAAUUCACAUUACCAUCACCUUCGCGGAAACAGCAACAGCAACAGCAAUAGCGGAGACUGCGAGACCAUAAUUACCAAUCCAUUGCUGUGCAGAUUUCUUUCUUAUCUCAAUGCCGGAAGAGUUGCCUGUCCUCAGGGCGACCAUACCUACCAUACCUUCACCCUGCAGCCAAGAGCAUACACGAAGACUUUGGAAUCUCUGCGCGAGUCUGAUUCUGAGGUUUGGGGAUACGUCUUAAACAAAUUAAGACACGAUCUUAUCGAAGACGAAUUUCUAAUCAUUAAGAUGCCCAGCUCAACCCACGACAUAACGGUUGACCAGAUUGGUGAUUUGAUCAAAAGCCAAUUAGCCAUUAUGGUCGAAACAACCUCAAAUCAAGACACAAAGAAACUCAUCCAGGAUAUUAAAGCUGGCCUUGCUAGGUCAGUCUGGCUUGAUGAUUCAAAAAAUAAACGUGAACCCGAUCAACAAUUCCUUGUCAAAGGCUCUUAUUACCCAGGAGUCAUAAUCGAGUUCGCAUAUUCACAGUCCUUUCAAAAGCUACGACGAAAAGCUUAUGAUUUUAUCGUCGGAUCAACUGGCAGUGUUCAACUUGUGAUUGGUCUAGAAACAGGAGAUAAAAAGUCAAAGUCAUUUAAGAUCUCAGUUUGGCGACCAGAAUUUUAUCGAUCUGAGAAUCGAGAUGCUGUGAGAAUGAAGACUAUCACUGAACGGGAUAUCAUACGAGGCAGUGAUGGCACGCUCAAGCCUGGAUGCUUGAGAUUCCAUCUCCGGGACUUUGACGAAGACCUGGCAAUCAAGUAUCCCUAUGCCGAAUUGACUAAAGAGAUCACCCUGGACUAUGAUGUUCUAGCCAGGUACCUCAUUUGUGCUGAGCAGUUUGAUGUACCGCGGCGAUCCCCACGCCGGGACAUUAUAAAGGCACCCUAUGAGUGA